AUGAAGCUUAAUAUCAUCCUCGUCCUCGUGAUUGGCUUUGCUGCACCUGUGGCUCGUGCCGAGUGCAGGACGUGCCCGGAUGGAAUCGAGUUCCGUGAUGCUGACCCUUUGGGCGAUGGUUUUUACCAAUGCACCAAUGUUGACAACUUCUACUUGUUUUCGAUCGAAGCGGAUUCUGCUGAGUGUUUCGGGGCUCAAUAUGAUGUGAUGUCAGUCUGUUGUCCAUCGCAAGUGAAGGAUAUUGCUAAGGACAAUGCGUGUGGUUGGUGCCCCAAUGGUGUGACAAACCUAGAAAGUUCAGUUGAAAUCCCCUUUCAGGAAGAUCCGGUCACUUGCGGACAAGUGAUGGUGCUUGUAGCAGCUGGAUCGCUAGAACUUGGAAUUUGUGGUCUUGCUAGCUCUGUCGCUUCAAUCUGCUGUCCUGGUGAUGAAGGUGGUGGCGGUGGUGGCUUCUUCUCUUGCGGAUUCUGUGUCGAUGGUAUUGAAUACCCACUCAAGAUCAACCCAGAAGCUGAAAAUUUCACCUGUACACAAGUUCAAGCUGCUUCUCUUCUAGCAAACGAGACCGUCUGCGACACUUUGGUGAAACCGCUGGAAGACAGCUGUUGCCCAAACACAAAUAGUUCAUCUGAAUGCGACUUCUGCUCUGACGGGCUGGAUAAUCCAAAUGCAGAACUGCCUUUGACUGGCAUUACUUGUGAACAGUUCCAAGCCAGUGCUGCGAGUGUGACUGACAGUACACAAUGCGAGUUUGCCUUCAAGCCAGCCGAGACUUUGUGCUGCCCAAGCACGACGAAUGUUGUAGGGUGCGACUUUUGCAGUGCUGGAUUGGAAAAUCCAACUGCGCCGGUCCCGUUUGUUGACGAGUUGACGUGUCAAGACUUGCAAGACAGUGCGUUGUUUGCGACGGACUGCACAAGCACCAAGCUAGCAGAAGCAUUUUGCUGUCCAAGUAUAUCCGACAACACAGAUCGAUGUGAGUUUUGCCCGGGUGGAUUGGAUGAUCCUAAUGAAGAUGUUCCGCUUCUAGGUGGUUUGACUUGUAAAGAUUUCCAAGAUGGCGCUAGUUUUGUCGGAAAUUCUACCGAGUGUGAAGAAUCCAUAAAGCCUCUAGAGGGACUAUGCUGUCCUAACGCAACGGACAACUUUCAAUGUGAUUGGUGUUCUGGUGAGGCUGGAGUGGAAUUUCCGGAGCUGGAGUUUCCAGGGAUUGGACUCAAGUGCGACACCAUUGUCAUGCUUGUUCCGGCAGUGACAUACGAAGAAUUGUGCGAUCAAUACAAAGCAGCCGAAAGCUUGUGCUGUCCGGCAAGUACCGAUGCUGUUCAAUGCGACUUCUGUACAGGGCCGAGCGGGCUAGAAUUCCCAGAGCGCGAGAUUGACGAUAGUGGGCUGACAUGCCAAGCUUUUGCUACCCUUGCCCUGGCUGCUCCAAACCAAACGUUUUGUUCUUCAUUUCAUGUCGCAGAAGAAUUAUGCUGCCCUUCGAGCACAGGGGUCAGCCUUCCACCAGUGGCAAUGGGUGAUUACUGCUACAUCUGUGGAAGUGCUGACGUGGAAAUGACAAAGCCUGACUUCCAACCCUAUGCGUUUGGUGGUAGUGACGAUCCUGACGACCAAAAAACUUGUGCACAGCUGGAAGAAUCUCUGAAUGCCGGCCGAUCUCCCGGUGAAUCUUGUAUCAACACAAUUUCUGGUUUCACAUUUAGAUUCUCGCCGUCAAUUUGUGGGUGCAAGGGUGUCACACCGCCGAACCCAUGCGACUUGUGCAGUGGAAGAAGCGUGAAUCGCGACGCUCAGAUGCCUGGGGAGAACUUUACGUGUGGCGAGGGAUUUGACUUUAUCCAGCAUGUAUCUCCCGCCUUUUGCAGCAACCCUGAAAUAAAUCUCUAUGGAAUGGAAGGCGUGUGUUGCACUGACAUUUUGGAGAGUGAAACGAUUUCGGCUGCUUCAUGUUGCACAAGAUGCCUUGUCGCAUUUGCAUCCCUUUUUAUCGGGUUGAUAUUUGACUAG